UAAUGUUCCGUAAUUUGAUUUGUAUCGACUGUUUUGUGGUAACCACCACUUUAUUUCACAUUAAAGUAUCUAUAUACAUUUAUAUUUUAGCGGAACGUCUGUCAUUAUGACAUAACUUGGGACAAUUUCGUGCGCGAGCAGAUGCGCUUUAAUCCUACAACAUUGUGAGAAUUCAAUCCGGCUUAUGUGGAGUUCUAUUUGUUCUCCAUGAUCCCGAAGGACUAGAAAAUAAAACGACAUCAAGUUUAAGAAGGAGGAAACUUUUAACAGCCGCCACACGGAACUUUACGACUGCUGUUGUGAUAAAUAAUAAAAUCUGCGAAAAGAUCCUUUGGAAGAACAGAACGCAACCAACACCAUAAAAGCAGACUGAAAUUUUCACUCCAUCGUAGACCUAUUUUCCACAAGACAUCCAUACAUGUGCUUCAAGAAAACGAAAAGAAAAAGGGGUGUUGAAUAGUAUGCAGUGAAAUGCAAGUCAACUGAAGUCAGAUUUUCACUCCAUCGUAGACCUAUUUUCCACAAGACAUCCAUACAUGUGCUUCAAGAAAACGAAAAGAAAAAGGGGUGUUGAAUAGUAUGCAGUGAAAUGCAAGUCAACUGAAGUCAGAUUUUCACUCCAUCGUAGACCUAUUUUCCACAAGAUAUCCAUACAUUUGCUUCAAGAAAACGAAAAGAAAAAGGGGUGUUGAAUAGUAUGCAGUCAAAUACAAGUCAACUGAAGUCAGUUUUUAGAUAUUGUACAACAGAAACUGAAGAUCUUUGGUGUAACAUGUACCAUUCACUGAAAAGCAUUACUGACACCUUUUGUAUGUGUAAAGAGCAGAUGUAUGUUAUUCAUUUAUUUUCAUAAUCUCAUGACUAAAAACAGAUGUAAUAAGCGAUGGUAUUAUAUCCUGCCUGUGCAGUGGAUAAAAUAUCUAGACAAGAAUAUCAGUUAGGUUACAAUGCAUUCUAGAACUUUUGUACUGUUUGUUCGGCGUAAUAUAAUUGUUAAAAAAAGUCUAGAGGGGCCACCAGGGUCUUCUUCCACCAACAAAAGCUGGACAAUUGCCAUAUGACCUAAAUUGUUGCAAUGUCACUCUAAACCAAACAAAGAAAUUUAAAAAGGUAGAAUUGCGAUUUUUACGCAUGAAAAUAAACAAUAAGUUACUCCAAGGAUUCCCUAUCAAUUAAUCUGCUUUCAAGGAUGACGUGAACUAACAUAUUAUUCUGUAGUGUAUAAGCGGAACUACGCUAUUUUCAAUCUUGAAAAUAACCAAUCUGACUAAAAAACUUGAUCUUCUAAACGAAGAUCUGAGAAUGACUCAUUCACUUCGUCUUCUGUAUAUAUUAGAUUUCCGAUAUUGCUAUUUUAAUUCUCAAAACUCAACGGCGCAGUCAUGAUGCGGCCGUCAUAAUAAACUAGGCUAAAUAUAGAUUUUUUAAACUUCUACUUUCACAUACAAAAUGUUGUAAGUAAGGCUCUGAAUGGUUAGCAGAAGUGUCGUCAGAACGAGGCUAUCAAUAACACGUCUUCAGAUCCAAUAUUUAUGAUACCAAUAGCCAUGCUUCGUUCUGUUUGUUUCGAGAACUUUGUGAAGUUUGAGGGGUAUCAGGUUUUGGACUUUUAUGAUGACGGACAUGUUACUUUCAUUGGAGAAAAUGGCUCAGGCAAAAGUUCUGUUUUAGAAGGAAUUCGCCGAUGCUUGAAAGCAGAGCUAAGUACAUCUGUUUCAUCGUUGCCUAAUACCAAUCAGAUGUCCUAUUUUAUUUGUAAUUUUGAUGAUGGUGCGACCGAAGACAAACAUGUUAUAUGUGGCAUCGUCGUCAUUCCUGAACAUGAAAAGAAGUAUGAUAAAGAUGAAACUGAAAAUGGACGAUUUAUGUGGUUUAUGAUGUAUUUAUGGGGGUUUAUCGUCCAUUGUUGGAUGUGGCUCACCAACAGCUUAAAUAAAGAUAAACAAAUGGUCAAAACCUUUUACAAGUUUGUCAUGAAGAAGUCUGGACCUAUGCAUGUCAACCUGAUGCGAGUGACUUGGUCAACUGACGAUGACUGUCGCAUAAAAAGUGUUGAUUUAAAUGACAUAACAAGCGAUAGAUUUGCGGACAAGAGGAAACGUUUCAUCGAUGCAGUAACAAAACAAGCGUCGGCAGGCAAAGAUAUAAAAAAAUAUUUGGGUGCCGUUUUUCGUAGAAAUAAUGUACUGGAAAUCAAACCAAAACAAAAGGAACAGUGUAACGACUGCCAGAAAUUGCUGGAAACUCUGUCAACUAAAAUUGUCUUUACAUUUCCGCUGCGUUCAAUCGGACCAUUACAGUGGUCUGAAAGCCCACGAAUUCAUCCAAACCAAAGAAAAAAUAAUUACAUGGAGGCGGAAAAAAGAUGUGAAAUAAUCAAAUGUUAUUUAGAAGAUUCUGACGAAACAAAAUUUGAUAAAGAUACAGAAAGGGACAUUUUUAAAAUGAUAACACAGUCUGAUGACUAUACUUUUGAAUUAGUCGAUGGAAAAAUUGAUUUACCAAAGAGAAAGUAUGCGUUGCUGAAAACUCCAGAGGGAAUUCUUGAGGCCAAAAUAUUUUCUAUUCUCAUGUCUGGUAAACAAUAUAGGACAAUAAUCCUCGAGGAACCAGACAGAGGUAUGCACCCGCAGUAUAUUGAUCGGAUGAUGCAAGUGAUCAGUAAACAUAAAAAACGUGUGAUUCUGACAACGCACCACACAUCACUAAUAACACCCUGGUCUUUAUCAAACUGCUUCGUCUUCAAGCGACGACAAGAAUAUUGUCAUAUCAUUUCGGGCAGAUCUAUUGUCGACGCACAAACAAACAAUGUUAACAUGAAGACAUUGCGAUUGCUGACGUCAGACCAUGUCUCAGAUAUUCUAUUUGCAAAAAAGGUUCUUUUCUUUGAAGGAGAUUCAGAAUUGUUGUUUUUGACAGAGUUCAGGCGUCAGAUAUUGGCUGACGAGCUUGAGCAUCUCAACAUAUUCCAAAACGAUAAAGAAAGCUACAGCAAGUUGAAAGCAUCGCUUUCAGAACUUACUUUGGUGAAAAUGAAUGGUAAAGGAAAUAUGACACUUUGUCACGAUGUAUGUAGUAAAGAUAAACUUAAAUUAGGUCAUCUAAUUAUUGUUGACCGAGAUGCAAAUGAAGAAGAACUCAAACAGACACAAACAAACCUAGAUGUGAAUGGUGACAAAGGUGGUGCAAAAGUGCACAACUCUGGAUCUAAACUGCGAACAAAAUCAAAAGACAAAUGUGAAGGGAAAGAAGAUUUCGAAAAGAACCAAAGGAAACCAGACUGGAGUGCUAAAAGAAAAGAACAACUAAAGGCGAGAAACGUGUUCUUUUGGUUAAAUGGUGAUAUUGAAGAUAUGCUGAUAGAAAUGUCAAGCGAAAAGUUGCUAAAUGAUCUUAGAAAGCAAAAUGUAUACUUGAAAGUGAAACGAAAUGGAAAAAAGGGUCGAUCUAAGGAGAAACUUUUUCUUCAUCAAUCUGUUACUACAAAAAAUGUUACAGAAAGUGUAAAACUCAUUUUUGAACAUUGUAGGAUCCAGCAUGAUCUUUUUCAGUUAAUAACAUACUUAAAACGAGAGAACUGGGACACAUUUUCAGACUGAAUGUGACCAUUGGUGCCUGAAUAACAUUACUUUGACAAUCAACUGAAAUACUCGUAAAAUCAAUGUCUUUUACAUGCUAAUGUAUGAAUCAUCAUUCAUCUAUCCCAAGAAAUAUUGAAAUGCCGUUGAUUAAAUGGAAUAUUAGGUACUAUGGCACUACAUAUUACGUCCAAGUUACAAAACACAGUUCCAGAUUUUCGUCUUUAUUAUUCUUCAGUGGAAACCACGCAGUUUAAAGUCAACAAUCAACAUUUUUUACACGGAUAUCCAAAGAAUAUAACAAUUAGAAAAAAGAUUUAAGUAUUGACAAUUUUAGUGUUCUAGUGGAGAACCACAAUGUUUCUACUUUAUAAAUCCAAAUCUAUUCACUUAGAAAUCUGCUUGAAAAUAUAUUCGUUCUUAACAUAUAAUAACUGACCAAUUAAAAUGACCCUUAUUGUGACUGUAAUUAACAGCAUAAUCCACUCAAAUUCACGAAAGUGUACAUGGAAAUAAAAUUACAAGUAUUAAAAAUAUUAAAAAGUUUUGACAGCAAUCAACACCUUAUCAGUCAGGAAUGCUUAACAUUUAAAUUAUCAAGAAGAUCACAAUGACCUUACAAUAAAUACAUUUAGAAACCGUUUAGCACAAUCUGCACUAUCAAAAAUUAAAUUGCAUAAAUGUGUCAAAGUUGAGGUAACAAUAAAGUUUUGACAUCUGUCAUGAAAACAUAAAGAAUUGAAGAAUUGCAACUUAUACAUUUAAACCUACAUUUUAGCUUAAAUAUUUUACAUUUUUGUACAUUUUAAACUAACAAAAUAGGAAAACAGUUUGUUGAUUAAUUCCAAAAUGAGCUCAUGAUCUUCACGUAAUAGCUUGAUUUGCGAAAUCUAAAAACACGUCUCGAUAAAACAGAAUCAUAGAAAUACCAAGACUUUCACAAGUUUUGUUAUACUACAACGCAGAGUCAGCUUAUGAUGGUGAACAAGUGUUGCAAGUUUCAAAGCAAUAGCUUUGAUAGUUCAGGAGAAAAGUUGACCUAAACAUAAAACUUAACCAAGAAAUCUGAUAUUUUCUAAGUCAAAAAGGGGCCAUAAUUCUUGCAAAAAGCAGAAUGGAGUUACGUUUCUUGCUGUACAGAGUCAGCUUAUGAUGGUGAACAAGUGUUGCAAGUUUCAAAGCAAUAGCUUUCAAGUUGAUAGUUAAGGAAAAAAGUUGACCUAAACAUAAAACUUAACCGGGCAACGCCGACGCCGACGCCGACCAAGUGAGGACAAUAACUCAUCAUUUUUUCCCCAAAAAAUCAGAUGAGCUAAAAAUCAUUUUCUAUAUAUCUCUACAGUAGCAAAAUCAAAGGAUCAAGAAAUCGAUAACGCCGAGAGCGUAUUUUCAAGGGAGACAAUUUCAUCGAUAAGCCAAUGAUUUGGCUAUGAAAGCUGGAAAUGAUUUUCUGCAUUAUUUCAAAAACUCAAAAACGUUGUAACUGUUGACUACCUGUACAAUAUUAUUUUUUUUUUUGUUAUUUAUAAUAAUAUCUUGCCAAAUUUUAAGUCAGUAAGUUUGUACCACUAGUCAAACCAAACUUAAAUGAUUCUGACAAUUCAUAUGAAACAAACUUGUAUAAAAGUAUUUCUAUAUAAUAGAAAUUAAUUCUUAAGCAAAAUAUUAAUAAUAUUAUUAUUUCCAAAUCUUUCUUAAAACGAACUUCUAUCCAAUUAACUUAAGUAAAACUUAAUAUAGAAAGUUACGAAAAUAAGUUAAUGCAAACAUAAAUGAAAGCAUCCCGGUGGUCAUGACGUCGUUAACGUCGUUGAAAUAUGAUCAGUGUGCGCCGGGUUCGUCUAGAUUACUAUUUUCAACAGAGGCAUAACUUUUUACUGCAUGAUCAAAGUCACGUUAAAUUUGCUGCAAAGUUAGUAGAAAGAUUGCGAUUUAUGACAGUGCAUUUACUGUUUUCCUACAUCAAAGUACAAAACUAAAUGCCCACGGGCAACAUGUCGAGCCCGCCCUUUGACCUCUAACUGUGACUUGACCUUUGAGAUAGAGUUAGUCUCAUUGAAUUAAACAUUUAUGCAAAAAUGCAAAAUAUAAACAAGAUUCCUUAAUGCAUGUCAAAGUUUAGUCUGUGUUCAGACCGUUUGUUUUGUUCAUAGGAGAUCAGAGGCUAUUCAAAUUUUGGAUAAUUAGAGCAAAGACUGAUGAAGUCAGAAUAUAUAAAAGAAUUAUUU